CAGCACCACGCCUCUCUGGACAGCUCCUAUAACUACACCUGUCUCGCUCAGUGGAAGUGUGUCUCUGGAAUACCAGCCCAAAGAUUCCUCAAACAAGCUUUAUAUUUCUCCUGUGAGACAUGGCUGAGAGAAGACUCCUUCCCCAGGAUGAUGACCAGGGUUCCCUGCUGUCCAGACUGGGUACCGACAGCCCUAAACCCCGGGUGAAGUUCGGAGGGAUGUUCUGCAACAUCGAAGGAGCUUUUGAGAAUAAAACCUUGAAUUUUGAGUCGUACAGCCCCAGUUCUGCCAGGAGAAACCCUCGGGGACGAGUGGACGACCAGAGGGACUAUUUCAGCGACACGUCGAGCAUGAGUAGUUUCAGCAGCGUGAGUCAAACGGCUCCAAGCCGAACGCAGCCCACACCGUCCUGCAGUUCACAGGGUCAGACCCUCGUUUACCCCACCGGACCCGGUCACGCGCAUAACGGGCGACGAGAGAGUGAUAAACUUAUUAUUAAAGGUGGGAAAAUCGUAAAUGAUGACCAGUCAUUUUAUGCUGACAUUUACAUGGAAGAUGGAACCAUUAAGCAGAUUGGUGAGAACCUCAUUGUUCCCACCGGCGUGAGGACAGUGGAUGCCUAUGGGCACAUAGUGAUCCCAGGAGGCAUCGAUGUGAACACCUGUCUACAGGCCUCUCACCUGGGCAUGACCCCGGCAGAUGACUUCUAUCACGGCACCAGAGCUGCUCUAGCGGGAGGAACCACCAUGAUCAUUGACCAUGUUGUGCCUGAAGCGGGAACUAGUUUAUUGGCAGCGUAUGACCAGUGGAGGGAUACGGCGGACAAUAGGUCGUGCUGUGACUACUCUCUGCACAUUGACAUCACUCGCUGGCAUGAUGGGCUGUUUGAGGAGCUGGAGCAUCUGGUUAAAGAUAAAGGGGUGAACUCCUUCCUGAUCUUCAUGGCUUAUAAGGACAAGUAUCAGAGCUCUGAUACACAGAUCUAUGAGAUGUUCAGUGCCAUGAGGGAACUGGGUGCCAUCGCACAGGUUCAUGCUGAAAACGGUGACAUCAUUGAGGAGGAACAAAAGAACCUUUUGGAUCUGGGAAUCACCGGCCCAGAAGGACACGUCCUGAGCCACCCGGAGGAGGUGGAGACUGAGGCUGUGUAUCGAGCCGUCACCAUUGCUAAACAGGCCAACUGCCCUCUCUAUAUCACAAAAGUGAUGAGCAAACCAGCUGCUGAUGUCAUCGCCAAGGCCAGGAAAAAGGGCAUGGUCAUCUAUGGAGAGCCAAUCGCAGCCAGCCUGGGCACGGACGGCUCACACUACUGGAGCAAAAACUGGGAAAAAGCUGCUGCAUUUGUCAUGUCUCCUCCUCUGAGCCCCGACACAAGCACUCCAGAUUACCUCAGCUCACUGCUGUCCUGUGGAGAUCUUCAGGUGACGGCCAGCGCUCACUGCACCUUCACCACGGCACAGAAAGCUGUUGGAAAGGACAACUUCACCCUCAUUCCGGAGGGGACCAACGGCAUCGAGGAGCGGAUGAGCAUCGUCUGGGACAAGGCUGUGGCAACCGGUAAAAUGGACGAGAAUGAUUUUGUUGCAGUAACAAGCACAAAUGCUGCAAAAAUCUUCAAUCUGUAUCCUCGGAAAGGCCGAAUCGCUGUAGGAUCGGAUGCUGAUAUAGUCAUCUGGAACACCAAGGAGACAAAAACCUUUUCUGCCAAAUCUCACAAUCUGACAGUGGAGAUGAAUAUCUUUGAGGGAAUGGAGUGCCGAGGUUUCCCGGUGGUGGUCAUCAGUCAGGGCAGGAUCGUUCUAGAGGACGGGAAUCUCAAUGUGACAGAGGGUUCAGGCCGCUUCAUUCCCAGAAAAGCCUAUCCUGACUUUGUCUACAAGAGAAUCAAGGCCCGUGGCAGGAUGGCUGAUGCUCGUGGUGUUCCUAGAGGAAACUAUGAUGGCCCCGUUCAUGAUGUCAUCAGUAUGACCAAAUCUGUGCCAGCCACUCCCACCACUAGAGGGCCCUCAUGUCCCGGAAAGACCCCACUGGGACCAGCUAGAAAUCUGCACCAAUCCGGGUUCACUUUAUCUGGCGCUCAAAUGGACGACCACAUCCCCAGGCGUACAUCACAGAGGAUCGUAGCGCCACCUGGAGGCCGUUCCAAUAUCUCAUCCCUCUCAUGAACCUGGUCCACCAGGGGAUCCAACAACAGCAGCUCCGCCUCCUCCGGCUUCCAGUUUUAUAUUACCUGAAUCAUGCAAAUAUUAAUCGCAAUAAAUCCAUACACACUGCUAACCCAAUAUAGGCUAUGCAGCAACUCACUAUAGCUUUCCAUGAAUUCAUAUUCACUAUAUAAUCUGCCUCUCCUGUGGUCAGACUCGCUCAUAAUGUAGCAUGCUCUUUUAUCAGAGUCACCCAGAAUCCAUUCUGCUUUAGCGUAGCAUUGAUGGCGUAAAGACAGAAAGUGGUUGUGUUUGUGAACUACUGAAUGAAUCUCAUUCUAGUACUGCCUUUAAACCAGUGCUUUCCUCCUGAGACAUAUAGAUUCAGACGAGAUGAUUAAAUGGGAAGGGUGUUCUCUAUGGAAGCCCGUUUAUGCCACAGGAAAUAAAGAAAAUAAAAAAAAUGUAAUUGCGACUUUUUUUAAAUUGCAGGAAUUUAACUCUGAA